AUGUUCUUGUCUUUCUCCAAUGUCGCGGUGGCUAUUGCCUUGCUCACGGAGCGUUGUUUCGCGCAGUCUCCUGGGUCUCCUGUGUCAUCGGAUGUGUGGACUAAAAUCGUUCGCUACACGGAUUUUGCUUCUGCAGCGUAUGGUGACAGCUGCGAUACUCCCCCGUAUGGCUCGGUCGCUGUCCAGUACUUCAACGAUGCGUUUAGUGACACCCACGCAACCCUGUUCCGAGAUGACACCGCCAAGGAGGUUAUCAUUUCAUUCAGAGGGACUGCAUCUCCAAAGAACCUUGCAACCGAUCUCGAAUUUGAUCUAGUUCCCUUGACAGCUACUGGUACUCAAUGCUCUAACUGCAAAGUUCAUAAAGGCUUUCAAUCAUCCUUUGAGGUACUGUCCGACUCAGUAACCUCUGCCAUCAAGUCCCAGCUUGGACAACAUUCAGGCUACACUUUUACUGUUACUGGCCAUUCCCUUGGAGGAGGCAUCGCGGCAAUAGCCACAUCAUCAUUCAUCGCGCAGGGACUCAAAGUGGCAAACACAUUCACGUUUGGAGAGCCGCGAAAUGGUGACCAAAACUGGAUCAAGUAUAUCAGCGGCCAGAUUCCAGAUGCAAAUUACUAUAGGGUGACGCAUGCAAGUGACGGUGUACCCCAGAUUCCACCACAGGACCUGGGUUACUACCAACAUGGAAUCGAGUACUGGGAGAGCCAACUACAGAACAAUUCGGCUUCAACCACUUACAAUUGUGGCACGCAGUCAACAAGCUGCAAUGCGGGUCAGAGCUUCGGAAACCAGCCGAUUAAUGGUGCACAUCUUACUUACACCAACACUGUUAUUGGAAGUUCCCUGCACAUUCCAGCCUGCGGCGCAACCGAUUAAAAUAGGGCUGUACGUGCAGUAGGGUG